AAUUUUCUUUAAAAUGAGUGACAAUUUACAAGGUGUUAAUGAUGAUUUGGCAAGUACUUUAUGUUCUUGUUCUACUAUUGAUUGUGAAGAUUCUUUAAAUCGUAUAAAAUUAUUGGAGGUUGAAAAGGACAAAACAAAUUUGGCUUUUCAAUUAAUUUUGGCUAAACUUGAUUUGGUAGGGGGUUUUUUAAUUAGGGUUAUUAUGAAUUUAUGCUCUGUGUGCUUCUAGCGUAAUCUCUCUCGAAAAUUUUGAUAACUAAAGUUUUGAAUAAAAUCUCGCCUUAGUUUCCCUCGGUCUAUAGUUUAUAUUGGGAAGUUUAAAUAUGUAUAUGUUAGUUACGUUUUUGGGAAAUUUUGAUUCCAAAAUAUAUUUCCUAUGCUCUAAAAUAUCAGAUUUUCCAGAGUAUUGAGAGAAUAAUUAAUCUUUUUACAGGGACUCUAUCAUGAUCAGACGAUUAUUAAACAAUUACAAGAAUUGAAUGAGAAAAUGGGUGGAAAUGAAGGAAUUUUAAAUUUACAAAAAAUGCAAUGUUUUGAAAAUAAAAAUAAAUUGAAAAUUGAAGUUGAAAAACAAAAAGAGGAAAUUAAGGGUUUGGAAUCGGAUAAAUUGGGAAAAGAAGCGGAAAUUAAAGGUUUGAAAGAAAAUUUGAAAGAAAAUAAAAAUGAAUUGGAUGAUUAUAAGAAUAAAAUGGUUAAAUUGGAAAAAGAACGUCUUUUGGCUGAAAAUGAAUUAUUUAAAAUUAAAGAAGAAUUUGGAAAAUUAAAAGAGGAAAAUAA